GCUUUCUCUUUGUAUUAAAUAGAAACAAAAUCAUUUUGAGGAAGAAAAAAAAGUGUUUCACAACAAUGGCUCCUUCACAUAGUUUCAUCAUCUUUCUCUUCUCUUUCACACUCAUUUCCACAAAUGGAGAAUUCUCACAACAAUCCAACAUCAUGUUACCUUCACAACAACAAAUAACAAAAGAGAAACUAACACAUAUCCAUUUCUACUAUCAUGACAUUAGAGACAACAAAAAUCCAACCAUAGUACAAAUCAUUGACACACCACAAAAUGUGCCUAAUGGAUUUGGUUCAACUUUUGUAAUGGAUGAUGCAAUGACUGACGGACCAGAGUUAAGUUCAAAACACAUUGGAAGAGCUCAAGGGCUAUUUGGUCUUUCUUCACUUCAAGAUCUUGGAAUGUUUAUGUUAACAAACUUUGUUUUUAAGGAAGGGAAAUAUGGUGGAAGUAGUCUUAGUAUGUUGGGAAGAAAUCAUAUUUCUGAACAAAAUAGAGAAAUGCCUAUUGUUGGUGGAACUGGUGUUUUUAGAUUUGCUAGAGGUUUUGCUAUUGCUAAUAGUGUUAAUUCCAUUUCUACCCCUGAACAUUUUGUUGUUGAGUAUAAUAUUACUGUUUCUCAUCCCUAAAACGCCCUUUUGAAAAUGGGUUUAGGUUUAUCUGUCUUUUUGGCAUAUGCAAGAGAGGUAUUAGUAUUAGUAGUAGAGUUGGUGUCAAUGUUUUAGCAACUUUGUGCUAGUUUUGGAAAAUGGAUUUUCUACUAUAACUAACUGCGUGAUGUAAUUACAGUUGUAAAUCGUACUAUUUAAAUUAGUAAAAAAUAAAAUUAUAUAACUGUGUA